AUGAUUGAAGCUGAAACGAUUCUCUUCGUUGUUUUGAAGAUGGAGAGCUGCAGGAGGAGUGCCGGAUUCUCGCUCCAAAAACGUGCCAGUGUGUUUGCUGCCGGACUUUACCAGCACCAGCACAGAUGGUCCGUACAAACAAACCAUCGGAAUAAAGGCCGCCCGCAAAAGUGCUCUCUCGACCGGCAGAGCCGCAUCUUUACCGGUCGGGACGUCUACGAAAAAUCCGUCGCUACCAAAAGUCCGUUGUCGUUCCUGCGCUCGGUGCGUGUUUUUAAGACGGAUCUGCGCUUCGAAUGUGCCGCCUUUGCUGCCCUGCAGGAAGCAAGCGAAGCGUACCUGGUCGGAGUGUUCGAGGACACCGCCUGUAUGCGAUUCACGCCGAGAACGUCACCAUCACGCCGAAGCGUACGAGGAGUAGGAACGUAG